AUGGAUCCAGCUGUGGUUGGAAGCGAUCAGUUCGGCCUGCUCUUCAAGACUCUGCUUCCUGGAACAUAUCCCAUCGGCGGACAGAACGUACCCGAACAAAUAUUCUCUCAGCCGUUGGUGUAUACCGGCUCCGAUGGUGUUCAAUACGUCUAUGUUGCAACCACUCAGAACAAUGUGUACAAGAUAGUUGCCAAUACUGGCGUUAUCGUUGCAUCUCGGAACCUGGCUCGCCCAUUCCUGGUCAGCGAUCUGGAUGGCUGCGUUGAUAUCAACCCGACUGUUGGCGUGACGGCAACCGGUGUUAUUGAUCCAGAUACGGAUACAUGGUACCUGACGUCCAAGACGUACAUUGAUCAAAGUCUUACCGGAGCAACUGGGCGUCCGAAUGGUCGCUAUUACAUCCACGCCAUCAACACUGUAGACCUUUCUGAGCGACCCAAUUUCCCAGUCAACUUGGAAGGCAUGGUAGCUACAAACAAUCCCGUCCGGUCAUUCAAUGGUGGAAUUCAUCAUCAACGUCCUGGUCUGCUUCACACAGGUGACUAUGUGUACGCCGGGUUUGCUAGCCAUUGUGUUCAGUACAACUUCACCGGCUGGAUCGUGGGCUGGCACAAGACCACCGGACAACUCGUCGAACAAUUCGCGACCGAAGGUGCUGGCGUCGGCCCUGACACUCCUGGGGCGGGCGUCUGGAUGUCUGGUGGUGGUAUUGCAAGCGACGAUCAAGGAUCAAUGUUCUUCGCUUCUGGCAAUGGUUAUGCUUCUCAGCUCAAUGGGAUACCGGUCAACGGGAGAAAUCCACCGACAGCACUGGAAGAAGCUGCCGUGCACAUGGCAAUCAAUGAUGAUGGUUCUCUGACUGUCGUCGAUUUUUUCAUGCCGUGGGAGAAAGUGCAACUUGAUGGUGCUGACAAAGACCUCGGGACGUCGCCGUUGGAACUCCUCCCGAGUGAGUUCUCCUGCGGUGACGUCGAACGCAUCGGUGUCGUCACCGGAAAGAGUGGAAAGACCUAUUGGCUCAAUCUUGACAACCUCGGGGGCUAUCAAAAUGGACCAAACAAGCUGGACAACGUGCUCCAAGUAUAUCAGAACGAAAACUCUGUUUACGCUGGAGCUGGUGUUUACCCACUCGAGGGUGGCUACAUAUACAUCAACGUCAUCCAGUAUCAGACUCACGUGUUCAAAUUCUCGUGCAACGACGGCGUUCCAUAUUUCAACAAGGUGGCUGAUUCUCCUGAAAAGAAUGCCUACAUCCUCGGUGUCGGCCACGGUACUGUCACUUCGCUCAACGAUCAGCCUGGCACUGGCUUGGUGUGGACGUCGGAUGUCGAAGGGUCCAAUCUUCGAAUCUACAAUGCCAUCCCCGAUGAGAAUGGGCUCAUGACGGAGAUCAAUUCGUUUGUUACGCCAGGAACGACAAAAUUCACCAGACCGGUCUUUGGAAAUGGCAUUGUCUAUCAGGGCACUACGCUCGGGUACCUGUAUGCUUACGGAGCACCUGUCAAUUUGCCCCUGAACUGCACAGCUCUUCAAUUCGGGACCGCUAAUCUCAGUACAACCGCAGCGCCAAUGACUGUACAAUGUACGGCCAAUACCGCCGUCACAGUCACCGCUGCCAGCCUUUCAGGAAAUCCAAACUUUGCCGUUGUAGGGUUGCCGAAUUUCCCUCUGACAGUCGCCCAAGGGCAACAGUUUUCGUUUCAGGCUACCUUCACUCCACAAACCGUUGGCCCACUAUCUUCGUCAGUGAUCUUGAACACGACUCAGCAAGCUCCCGGGUUCAGCAUCAAUACCCCCGUUCAACUGAAGGGGACUGGCCAGAGUCAGGCUGCUCUCCUGAUGGUCACCCCAAACACUGUCAGCUGGAAUGGUGUUAUUACUGGACAGGAGAUCGGCGGAGUCAACCAAUCUGUGGUCAUCAGCAAUCUCGGAAACAGCCCUUUAUCAAUCAACAAUAUUCAAUAUUCCAUCGUGGGUGAGACAGGACCCUGGAUCCCGCCUAAUGGCACCCAAGCAGCAACUGUGGCGUCGGCUUUCACAUUCUACAAUAUGCCGUCAUCCAUACCUCCUAACAGCGCUGUCACUGUCCCAAUCAAUUUCAACCCUCCGUACUCCGGUAACUACGCCGUGUUCAUCAAUUUCGUCUCCAACGGUGGAACCAAAGUGAUUGAUGUCCUCGCAGCCGGAUCAGAUGAGCCGAACGCAGUACUCGAAUUCCAGAGCAUAGACGGGGGAUGGGUCCCAUUCGACAACACCACCUCCUUCACCUUUGGCAACGUCACAGAAAACACCAGCAGGUAUCUAAAGAUGCGUUUGACCAACAACGGCUCCACCAACGCGGCGGCGUUGUCAGUAACCGUCAGCAAGCCUCCUUUCGGUAUUGCCGGAAGCAUUAUUGGCGCCAACAACCAAGUCGACCUCGCAGAGGGCACCCUGGUCUACGCGGGACAAAACCUCACCGCAACGCUGUAUUGCUCUGUCCCAAAGAGCCAGAUCGACGUCGACCCCUACAAUGGCACUGCGCAAUGGACCAUGAACCUGAACGAUCCGAACUUUGGGAAGCAGCAUAUCCAAUUCUUUUGCAAUGCUGUCUCGGAACAAGCAUCUCCGCUGGACCCGGUCAGCCAGCAAGGCAUAUACAGAUAUGGAGGCUGCUUCAUGGAGAACAAUCCAGGUCGACAGCUUCAAGUCAAUAUCUACAGCGGACCCAACAACACUAAUGAACAGUGCAUCUCGAUGUGCUCGGCAGCCGGGUAUAUCUUCGCUGGCACGCAAUAUACGCAGGAGUGCUGGUGUGGCUACAACCGCCCGAAGACCGUGGUGGACGACGCAAAUUGCAAUUUUGGAUGCACCGGCAACGUCAAUGAGAUCUGUGGUGGUAACGGCAUCAACGGAGCUGGGUCAUUCAUCUCUCUCUUCGGCGACAUUACCCGUUGGGACGGCAAUUCCACGAACGCACCGGGACCCUACGUCAAUCCUGGCACGCUAGGAUACAACAGUUUGGGCUGCUACACCGAAGGCACUAAUUCCCGAGCACUGAGCGUGCAACCCAAUGCCAACAACACUGUGAAUUCAUGUCUCCAAGCUUGUCAAGGCUAUUUGUACUCUGGUGUCGAAUACGGUGGGCAGUGCUUCUGUGGGAUUACAUUGGCGGCAGGCGCCGUCAAUGCCAGUGCUACCGACUGCAGCAUGACCUGCAACAACAACCAGACAGAGUACUGUGGAGGCCCGAACCGCCUCAACAUGUACAUCUACGGCAACGGCACCCUUCCGAGCACGCCGCCGCCCUCAAAUGGUGGAGGAAACGGUGGCGGAAACAACAAUCCGCCUCCACCAUCAGGCCCAACCAUUCCAGCCACAAUCGGUAAUUUCACCUAUCAGUCUUGUUAUACCGAAAUCCCUGGCCGCGCACUCGGUGCUUUCGCGCUUGCUGACAACAGCAUUACAUUGCAGACGUGCGCCAGCAACUGCACGCAGUAUCAGUAUUUCGGUGUCGAGUAUGGGCGGGAAUGCUAUUGCGGCAACACCCUGGGCUCUGGUAGCGCUCCAGCGACUGAUGGACGCUGCAACAUGGCAUGUUCAGGCAACUCCAGCUUCACUUGUGGAGGACCCAACGGGUUGACGCUCUAUCAAAAUUUGAACUGGACCAGUUCUGCUCCUCCCCAGCCGCCACCAACCCCAGCGGGCCCAAUCAUUGUCCCCAGCGUUGGUUAUUUUCAAUAUGUCGACUGCCACACAGAAAUAACCGGUCGGGCUUUGACGGGCAAGGCGAUCGUCUCGAAUGACAUGACGGUACAAAAUUGUGCCGGAAACUGCACCGGCUUUACCUACUUCGCCGUGGAAUACGGCCAAGAGUGUUAUUGUGGGAAUGGCCUGGGCUCCGGCUCCGUCACAGCCACAGAUGGACGAUGCUCUAUGACUUGUGCUGGCAAUUCAUCAACCAUUUGUGGCGGGCCGAACGGACUGACUCUUUACCAGUAUGUGAUGCCUUCGAGUUCGAGUUCAGCCUCGAGCAGGACCAUUACAGCAUCUUCAACCUUCGUGACAUCUGCGUCCUCCACCUCUUCGGCCCAGCCUGCGACCUUGUCGUUCAGCAGCACUUCGGUUUCGAGCUUGAGACAAUCCUCUACGACUAAUAUAUUCAACACCACGAGCUCAGCCUCGUCAUCGACCACGUUCACUUCUACGAGUUCUGCAGCUUCAACGUCCAGUGCGCCAAAUUCAAGCUCGAAUGCUUCUUCAAGCUCGUUAGCAAGCACUACCACUUCUUCCAGUUCCAUUUCUGGGUCACCUUCUGUCUCAACGAGCACAGGAGCCAAUAUUUUCGGCACUACAACUGUGUUGACAACCACUACUGGCCCGUCAGCGUCAACGACUUCUUCCUUUUCAGUGACGUCUUCAUCACUCACGACGAUAGGAAUUAGCUCUAGCAGUCUGUCCUCGGCCGGUGCGAUCACGAGCAUGAGCACGUCGAGGUCCGGGUCAUCGUUAGGCAGUGCUGGCUUCACUACUAGCCUUCUGCCAGCUUCUUCGGCGACUAGCGUUGUUGCAGUCUUGUCGAGCUCAACUCCGGCAACCACGAGUCGAACUGGCCUUUCCACUCUGACGACACUUUCUACCCGCCUGACAACCUCAUCGGCUUCAUCAAAGUUGAGCACAACCACAUCUACUUUGACCACAACCACGUCUUCUGUGCCGUCGAACCCGUUUUUCCCCGCCGUCUAUCUCGGCUGCGCCCCCGAGCUCACCAACGGACGUCUCCUCUCCGUCGCUUCCACAUCAAACUCUGCCAUGACAAUCCCCUCGUGCAUUUCGUUCUGCUCGGCGCAGAACCUGCCCCUUGCCGGUGUGGAGUACUCUCGGGAAUGCUACUGCGGGUACAAUCUCUCGCCCUCGACACUCCUCAACGCCACAGGCUGUAACAUGCCGUGCGCGGGCAAUGCGCAGCAGACGUGCGGCGGAUCCAGUCGCCUGAGUGUCUACAACAACACCGCGCUGUCCCCUCCGCGCGCCAAGGGGACCAUCGCGGGCUACAACUACCAGGGAUGCUUCACCGAUCCUUCCGCCUCGCAGCGCACUCUGUCGGGAUACAGCACGUCCAACGCGACCUCCAUGACGCAGGAGUUCUGCAUCUCGGCCUGCCAAACCCAAGGGUACAAAUACGCCGGUGUCGAGUAUAGCAGGGAAUGCUAUUGCUCGAAUUCACUGGGCCUGACGAGCAAUGGGGGCAAAGGCGCGUCGGCAUCCGAGGGGGAUUGCUCCAUGCUGUGCGUCGGCAACAGCGACGAGUUUUGUGGCGGGAGCUCGAGAAUCGGGGUUUGGAUGAGUGGUUCUUGA